GCGUAAAAUUUCCUACGUUCACUCUCACUGAAGAGAACUACCGCUCGCUCUCGCACAGUCACUUUCACCCUGUCAACGACAACAGAUUACUCUCAACUCACAGCUGGAAGCAUCUUUCGACCAGAGAAACCUUGGUGAUACACUUAUUCGGUGAAUCUGCCCCGUAUAUUCUAAAACACCAGCCGCUGAGGCAACCUCCGCAACGAUGGCCAAGAGUUCGAGAUCCAGCGUCAUCAAGAAGAACAACCAGAGACUCAAGGCAAAUGUCUUUGGUCCCGUUGAGCAGGCGAGAGCCGAGCGUCUUUCGGCGAAGCUGCAGGAACUAGCCAGGCAGCCCAAGCCUGAGAAGGAGGCCGACAUCGACAUGGAUGAUGAGCAGCAGCAUAUUGACGCGCAACUCAACGGCGAUGAUGCCGCGACCAGGACUGACGAUAAUGUCAUGGAUGUCGACUCGGCCAAGCCCAAGCGUCGGACCGGCAGAAUCCAGAAGCAGAGGAAGAAGACAUCCAAGGUUGUCUUCCCUAAAUACAAGGACCGCCACGGUGGUGUCCAGAAGAAGAAGAAGGCUUAAGCGCGUCGCCGUUUGUUCAUUUUGCUUUUGACAUGAUGGACACUUUGUGGUUGAAGAGACGACUUCCAACGGCUAGGAAGAAGGCGAAACGCCCUCAUGGGAAGUCUGUUUGUGAGGAGUUCACCUUUGGGCAUGUUCCCCCUCGGCGUUUUGUGUGGAUGAUCAAAGGGAUCGAUUUUUCAUUUUAUUUUUUGUGGUUAGUUCGGGGGGUCAUUUCCCCCCAUUCGACUCGGUUAAAAGUUAGUAGAACGCAUUUGCAGCAAUGGAAUAAUAAGUACGACUCUUGAAAUGAUGCAUCCACUAUAAAAAAUGCCAGGUCUCGACCUUUCCACUGUUGUUUAAUCACAACGGUCAUUGAUGUUUGAGAAUCAUACAC